GUCCUUGAAUGCCCUAUUUCCCUUGAAAUUUCCCAUGGGAUAAAAAAGACUACGGCAGUAAAUAUUGCCGAUCUGACCUUACGGCUAUCAAGUAACAUUUUAAUCAAAUUAAAAUUAAAUCGAUCGGACUUGAAGGUAUUCAUUCUGCCAUGUUUCCGAUUUUCUAUUAUUAUGUCAAGUUUAUUGUGAGUUAUUUUGUGUCAGGUGCAAGAGAAGGCAAAAGUUACUAUUUUUCAAUGAUUUAUUAUACGGUUGGUUUAAAAAAUGAAGAGUACCGAAUCAAGAGAGAAUCUUAUUGAAAAGUCCAAUGAAGAGCUGGAUGCCGCGGUAUUGUUAAACGACCCAAUCGAAAGGCCGCUCUCACAGAUUGAGAAGACUUUCUUAUUGCAUGCAGAAAGAGGAGACUUGGCAACAGUUAAAAAAAUAAUCGACCAGUAUAAAAAUACUCCGGAAGAAUUCGAUAUCAACUGUGUCGAUCCUUUAAAUCGAUCUGCACUCAUUGCGGCAAUUGAAAAUGAAAAUAUUGAACUUAUAAAAUUAUUACUAAAUGAGGGCAUCAAGGUUAAGGAUGGAUUACUGCAUGCCAUUAAAGAAGAAUACGUAGAGGCCGUCGAAGUUUUAUUAAAUUGGGAAGAGUCGAAUCAUAAAGAGAAUGAAGCAUAUAGUUGGGAAAAAGUUGAUCGAUCAGGUGCCUCCUUUACGUCCGACAUUACUCCUUUAAUUUUAGCAGCUCACAAAAACAACUAUGAAAUCAUUAAGCUUCUUUUGGAUAGAGGAGCUACUUUACCGAUGCCUCAUGAUGUCAGAUGCGGCUGCGACGACUGCGUUCACUCUUCGAAAGCAGAUUCUCUAAGACAUUCUCAAAGUCGUAUUAAUGCAUACAGAGCGCUGUCAUCUCCGUCCUUGAUCUGUCUAUCAUCUAGUGAUCCGCUUCUAACUGCUUUUGAAUUAAGCUGGGAUUUAAGGAGGUUAAGUAGGAUGGAAACGGAAUUCAGAGCUGAAUACAACGAAAUGAGAAGCCAGGUUCAAAAUUUUGCGACGUCACUAUUAGAUCAUGCAAGAACGUCUUCUGAAUUGGAAAUAAUGUUAAACUACGAUCCAAAUGGCGAUGUGUGGGUUUCCGGUGAACGACAAACAUUAGAAAGGUUAAAGUUAGCAAUCAAGUACAAACAAAAGAAGUUCAUUGCACACCCAAGUGUGCAACAACUUCUUGCAGCAAUCUGGUAUGAAGGCCUACCUGGAUUCAGAAGAAAAAACAUGAUCGGGCAAGGCAUACAAGUAGCAAAGUUAGGAGCCAUGUUUCCGGUAUAUUGCUCGAUUUACAUGAUGGCUCCCAACUCUAAAAUGGGACUGUUUAUGCAAAAACCUUUUGUUAAGUUCAUAGUACAUUCUGCAUCAUAUGGCCUGUUUUUAAUGUUAUUAGGUGCUGCGUCCCAAAGGGUCGAAGUAUUAGCUUUAGAAUGGUUUGGCACGGAUUGGAUGCAAGAUAUGGUUAAAGAAUGGAAAAGGAAAGAGCGCGGUGCCCUAUUCGGGUUGGCAGAAUGUGGAGUCAUAUUAUAUGUUAUAAGUCUAAUCUGGUCCGAAAUGAAAUCUCUGUGGUCCGAUGGAAUAAUGGAGUAUAUUUCCGACUUGUGGAAUAUCGUGGAUUUUAUUACUAAUGUUUUUUACGUUAUUUGGUUAUCCUUACGACUAACGUCUUGGUAUGUUUGCUGGAGAGAUGAUCGAAUAGGUAAACCGACUUGGUACCCUAGAGAAGAGUGGGAUUCUUUUGAGCCAAUGUUAUUAUCCGAGGGUGCUUUUGCUGCAGGAAUGAUUUUCAGCUUUCUUAAGUUAGUUCACAUAUUUAGCGUCAAUCCUCACCUCGGGCCAUUACAAAUUUCGCUUGGACGAAUGAUUAUCGACAUUGUAAAGUUCUUCUUUAUCUACACCCUUGUGCUUUUUGCAUUCGGCUGCGGGCUUAAUCAGCUCUUAUGGUACUAUGCAGAACUAGAGAAGAACAAAUGCUACCACUUGCCCAGCGGAUUACCUGAUUAUGACAAUAAUGACAAGGCUUGCAGUAUAUGGAGACGAUAUGCAAACUUGUUCGAGACUUCCCAAUCCCUAUUUUGGGCAAGUUUUGGCUUAGUGGAUCUCAUGACCUUUGAGCUGACAGGUAUCAAAGGGUUUACAAGGUUUUGGGCUUUGCUCAUGUUUGGUUCAUAUUCUGUUAUCAACAUCAUUGUUUUGCUUAACAUGCUGAUUGCUAUGAUGUCGAAUUCUUACCAGAUAAUUUCGGAGCGAUCAGAUACAGAGUGGAAAUUUGCUCGAAGUCGUUUAUGGAUUGGUUACUUUGAUGAUGGAGACUCGCUUCCUCCUCCUUUUAAUAUUAUGCCAACCCCAGCAAUUGUUUUAAAGAAAAUGGGGUGUGUUAAAGCUAGCAAGCCAAGUACAGCAAGCUUUAAGAUGAAAUCUAGGGAGGCGGCAAGAGAAAAACACGAGGUAGUUAUGAAAUUACUAGUUAGAAGGUACGUAACAGCAGAACAAAGAAAAAGAGAUGAUUUUGGAAUUACCGAAGAUGACGUCAUGGAAAUCAGACAGGAUAUCUCCACGCUAAGAUAUGAGUUAAUUGAUAUUUUGAGAAAGAAUGGUAUGAAAACACCGACGAUUUCCUUGGAAGAAUCGCAAGUUUCCGGUAAAAAGGGGAAAGUAAUGGAAAGGCGUCUCUUGAAAGAUUUCCAUAUCGGCAUCGUCGAAGGUAUAGUAAACGAAAUCCAACUUAAUCCAGAUGAACCCAAAAAUGUCUUCGGACAAAUCGCCAAAGUUCUGGGUAGACGAACUACUUUUAAAGCGAAGAAAAAAGAUUGGAAUGAACUGGUAAGGAAAAAUACGCAUCCCAGUAAUCCUAUUGGAUCUGCUCAAGAGGCUGAAGAAUCCCGGCAAAAAAGACAAAGCAUAAGGAAACAUAUUAUUGCCAAUGCUAAUAAACCAGUUAAUAUUGAAGAUAAUAAGCUUAUAGAAUAUAAUCCAAAGCUUGUCGAAGUACCUAGAGGUGCAAGAGUGGCAUAUGCCAAAUUUAUGUCAAAGAAAAUAGAAGAAGACUACAAGAAAUCUGAAAGUGAAGAAGUUAAAAAAGAUGGAAAAAGAGAAUCCGUAGUUAAGUUUAAAGGAGGUACUACAACUGGUUCUCAAAUAGAUGCGUCAUCUCCGAAAAAUAAUAAGGACCAAAAUACAACAACUCCACUUCUUCAACCUCUUAAGGAAACUGGUCUUAGUCCAGCUUCUCGUAGCAGCACUCCUACUAAAACCACCACUCAGACACAACCAGUGAACGCUGAAGAAAAGACUCUUCAAAAAGCCCAAGAUUCCCUAAAAAUGUUACGUUCCGGUGUAUCUACUUCUCCUAAAGACACACCAUCUUCCGCUCCUAAAAAAGAGCCACAAGAAACUAAGGAAGAAAUGAAACCAAAAGAGGAGCUGAAAUCCAGUGCACUAAAGCCACCAGUGGCUCCGAAAAAGGAAGCAGAGACUCCUCCUCAGUCACUGAAACCUGCUCCUACAAAAGUAGCCAAAGCUCCUGCACCCGAAAUACCUAAAGGUGACAGUGUGAAAAUAACUGUGGAGGAAGCUGAAGCAAGUACUUCUAGUGUACCUUCUAUGAGAUCUAAAUUGACUGGGCAAAAACGUACAGGGUGGAUUUAAGGAGUUUUGCGAAUAAAAGCAAUAAUGUUUCAAUAUAACUCAAAGAUGCAAUGUUGAUUGUUCAAUGUGAAAAUAAAUCGGUUAUGCAAUAA